AUACAUUUCAUGCUUACUGCAAUUCUAUCAAAUGCAAAUGGCAGAAGCCAAUUAAUUUUUCAAGCCACACUUUAAUUAUAAAUAAUUCAAACUGGAAGGUGCCAUGUCGUGAAGCAUAAUGUUUCGGUAUCAUUAUUUAUUUUUGUUUCUUAUUGGGUUUAAUUUGGUUUACGUAGACUCCAAGUCCAAGGGGAAUAAAAAUGAUGAAACUUUGGAAAACAAAAAACGUCUCAGUGGUGUUAUGGUGGUAUCUGAUGUGGAUGGACUUCAAAACGAAUCGCUAGUUAAGAAACAUUUGAAUGGCCCCAAAGCCAAAUCUCUGCCUAAUGAAGAAUUUACUUCUGUAGAAGAAAAGAGAGAAGAUAGACAGGAUGAUACUCCUGGAGAAAAGGACAGUAAGGACAAUACUUCAAAGGAAAGAGAGGACAAUGAGGUCAAUUCUUCUGGAGGAAAGGACAAUGAGGUCAAUUCUCCUGGAGGAAAGGACAAUGAGGACAAUUCUCCUGGAGGAAAGGACAAUAAGGACAAUUCUCCUGGAGGAAAGGACAACGAGGACAAUUCUCCUGGAGGAAAGGACAAUGAGGACAACACUCUCGACAAAAAAGACAAUCUUAUCAGGCCAUUGAAGGAAGGUGACUUCUUUACUGCAAAAGAAUUGUUGCCGGUCACUGAAAUGUUGCUGAGCAAAGUGGAAAAUCCAGGAGAAGGUAAUGGAAUUGUAACUUCAUCAAAAUCUCCCGAAGAACUAGCGGAAAAGAUCUUUGCAGGAUUCUUUCUAACAACGAAAAUUAUUACCAUUUUGGUUGAUGACGACAUCAAAGGUUUAGAUGCACUUCAAGCUCUAGCAUUAGACAAAACAGCUGCGCAAAAUAGGAGGCGAGCAAGUCCAGUAUAUACAAUGAAUUAUGGAGGAACUUUGUUUGAUAUCGAAGAAACGCCCCGGUCAAGCCAGUUUACAUUAUUGUUUAAGGAAAAUUCUCCACGAAGAACUCUUUCGAAACCUGGCCUAAGAAGUAGAAACAGAAAGCGUCCGAUAACUCCGCCUCCUGGUACAAUUUUGAAAUUGGAAAAAAAUAUGCAACCGAAUAGGCAUUUGAUACUUAACCAUCGAAGUCGCAAGUCAAAUAGAGGGAGAAAACAUAUACAAAGAGACAUAGAUCAAGACUAUGACGACGAAGACAAAGAGUCUCAGCAAAUUAAAGAGGGGGAAGAAGCAAAGAAGAAAGGGAAAGGACGUAAAUCUAAGAAUAAUAAAAAAAAUAAACGCAACCGCAAAUCAAGUACAGAAAAUGCAACCAAAAAACAGAAAAAGAAGACAAAACGUAAUAAUAAGAAGAAGAAAAACAUCCAGAGUCAUAAACUUGACGCCUCAUUGUUGAGAACAGGUGACGUAGCGGCUAGCAUCAGCAACAAUAAAACCGACAAGAACGAGGGUAUAGUUAGUGGUGUCACCACAACAAUGAAACCAGUGUGCACUUGGCGAUAUGUCUGCGAAAAUCAUUUGAUCUUAGACACGUGCAAGUUACACACGUCGUGCCUUGACGAUGUCAACAAUACGCCCAGACUGGACCGGGUAUUCGUGGACCAUGAAAAAGAGAAGGAAGAAAACAAGUUAAAUGAAAAAUUUCGGAAAGCGUUUGGCUUAUCAAUGUUGGACGAAGAAGUUGAAAAAAUCAUUGAAAGCCGCAUUCUAAAAAAGCAUCCACACAAUAUGUGGGACGAUAAAUCACAUGAAAAAUAUGAAACUCUCAACGAGUAUUUCGCUAAAGUUAUUAUGUAUCAGAAUGCACAAUCCACCCCGAGACCUGAUUCAGCGGAGGGUGCCGAGCAUGAUUAUGAUGAGUUUCAGAAAACUCCUCCUCUCUAUAAAAUGAUUAAGAUACAUUCGGCAGAAUAUCAAACUAACCUUGAGGAUGAUGACGAACAGUACCGUCGGAAAAAUGUUGAGACCAACAAAACGUCUACUAUCAAUAAAGAAGAAAAUAAGAGUAUUCUGAAAGCACCUGUCUCUGCUACUACCAUAAAAAUAAAUACUGGCCCAAAAUAAAUUAUUCUUCUAUUUAA